UGAUGCGUAUUGAUUCAGUAGUCUUUUUGAUUUGAGAAGUACCUGCCACAGUUUCACAAUUAUGACUACGUCAAAAGAAAGAAUUUUUCAUGUUACGGAAAUUUUGUUCCAACAGAUGAUAGCAGUCUUCGUACUUCUUGUAUUGUGGCAGUUAUUUAUAUCAAAUAGCCCUGUUAAUAGCAAAGGUACAUGGCAUAUUAUACUGUGUGUUACGGGUUUCGCUUUAUGCAUGGCAGAAGGUGUACAAAUAUUUCGGCAUGAGAGUGUCGUUACAUUUGGCAACACUAGGGAAGAAAAAAAGCUGGCUCAUAUGAUAGUUAUGGCAUUUGCUUUUGUCUGUAUAACUAUUGGCAUCUCACUAAAAAUUAGCCAGAAAGAAGAUUCCAAUCGGGCACACUUUACUUCGACACAUGGUAUUUUAGGUUUAAUUACAUGGAUAUUCAGUUUCAUCACAGCACUUGGAGGUGUAAUUACUAUGUAUUUUAGACAUUUAUUAAGUCCAAGAGUGAUAAAACUUUGCCACAUUCUUCUUGGAAUUACCACUUAUGCAUUAGGAGUCGCAACCCUCUGCUAUGGUUUACAAUAUAUGUACGGAACGGGAAGAGGUUGGGUGGCUUUGGUUGUGUUAUUGGUGGUUUAUGCAACAUACAGUUUAAUCGGACCCUUUAAAUCAAUUUACAAUUAUUUGAGGAACGAUUAGUACAUCACUGUGCAGAAAUUUGGUAUUUACGAAAAUAAUGACCGAAAACCAGAAGAUAAUAAUAUAUUUAUGUAUAUUCUGUAUAUUUAUUUGUUUUAGUGCUCGCAUUUUUUACAACUGUAAGGUGGGCGCUAUUCCAUUUGUUUUUUUACUAUAACAAUAAAACAUAGACUGAC